GGGAUGACUGAGAACUACAGCUCUUGGGCUGGCUGCGUUGGUGGCAGCCGCGGAAGAAGAGUGGACCGAGACGGCCCUCGGGCAACGAACAGCGGGCGGUGGUGAUGUUCAGUGAGGACUUACUAGGGUAGCGAUCUAGAAGGGCGCUCUGCGCGCUCGCACCCUGUGCCCCCCACCGGCCAUGCGCCCAGCCUUCGCGGUGGGCCUGGUGUUCGCAGGCUGCUGCAGUAAUGUGAUCUUCCUAGAGCUGCUGGCCCGGAAGCACCCAGGAUGUGGGAACAUCGUGACAUUUGCACAGUUCUUAUUUAUUGCUGUGGAAGGCUUCCUUUUUGAAGCUGACUUGGGAAGGAAGCCACCAGCUAUCCCAUUAAGGUACUAUGCCAUCAUGGUAACCAUGUUCUUCACUGUCAGCGUGAUGAACAACUAUGCCCUGAAUCUGAACAUCGCCAUGCCCCUGCAUAUGAUAUUCAGAUCAGGCUCCCUGAUUGCCAACAUGAUCCUAGGAAUUAUCAUUUUGAAGAAAAGAUACAGUAUAUUCAAGUACACCUCCAUUGCCCUGGUGUCUGCAGGGAUAUUUAUUUGCACGUUCAUGUCUGCAAAGCAGGUGACUUCCCAGUCCAGCUUGAGUGAGAAGGAUGGAUUCCAGGCAUUUGCAUGGUGGUUACUAGGCAUUGGAGCACUGACCUUUGCCCUGCUGAUGUCAGCGAGGAUGGGCAUAUUCCAAGAGACCCUAUACAAACAAUUUGGGAAACACUCCAAGGAGGCAUUAUUUUAUAAUCACGCCCUUCCACUUCCUGGUUUCAUCUUCUUGGCCUCUGAUAUUUAUGAUCAUGUCGUUCUGUUCAAUAAGUCUGAACUCUAUCAGGUUCCUGUCAUCAGUGUGGCUAUGCCCAUCAUGUGGUUCUACCUCCUCAUGAACGUUGUGACUCAAUACGUGUGCAUCCGGGGUGUGUUCAUCCUGACAACAGAGUGCACCUCGCUCACCGUCACGCUGGUUGUGACUCUGCGCAAGUUUGUGAGCCUCAUCUUUUCCAUCCUGUACUUCCAGAACCCGUUCACUCUGUGGCACUGUCUGGGCACCUUGUUUGUAUUCAUUGGGACCUUAAUGUACACAGAGGUGUGGAAGAACCUAGGGACCACAAAAAGUCAGCCACCACAGGAUGACAAGAAGGACUGAGGUCUGCCGGGGACAGACAGGGCAGUGUUACGUGGUGGAGGCCUCGGGCGCAGGUCUGGUCAUCAUUUCACUUGGUUAGUGCGAGAUUACCACAGUAUUGGACCCAGCCGGCCAGAGAAUCUAGGAAGGAUGAGACGCAUCUGCUUUUCCUGGCCGCCAGACAGCGUUCGUAGACUCUGCAUAGGCAUCCCUGAGACAGAAUAAACAACACAGACAAGGCUACCAGGCAGACUCUCGGGUAGCCUCUGCAUUUGCUUUUUCUGUUUGUGUGCCAGAACAUCAGAACCACACUUGUUGAAUUCCAGGUCCUCCGAGCCACUGGUUUUCUACCCAUGUUGCUACUGACGGUGUUAUUGUGACAGCCAUUACCCUUCUGUAGCUGUGUACCUCUUUCCCCAUCACCCCUCCACAUUUCAGCACUUUACAGUGUAGCCCAUGUUCCAGGCACAGUCGGGCACCAAGUGAUCCACUGGGCAUGUGACAAAUUAGACCCUGGGGUUGAUGCGGCUGAACUCCCUCCAGUGCAAUGGGAAAGAGGCGGAGCCCCGGUGAUGCAUGAGCUGGAUGCUGCUGAUGCUGGAGCAUCACUUUAUUAUUUUAAUCAGUGCGAGGACCACAUGCUUCCUGCACCUGCUGCUUUCGGCUCUUAGAGCGGUCCCGCAGCGCUCAUGGCGUACUAGAAAGGAAGAAAGGUUGGGAGUGGAUUGAGAAGAGGGAGCCCUUUCCAUCCAUCUCCCAUAUGAAGCUCCUCAGCCGGUUACAGACGUGGUGACGGAAGCAUGGCCCGGCACAGCUCACUCCAUCAGUGCUCUGAGAGACAGUUGUCCCGUGAAGCCACAACACACUCAUUUUUCAGGUGUGUCUGGGACAAGCUUUAAGGCCCAGUAUUUAGAAGGCACCUCUUCCUGUCACUCUGAGAGCCGCCACCUGUCAAAUCACUGAUGAGUAGAUUGAUACAUAGGUGUGAGUGUGAUGUAUGGAUCAGGUCAAAGCCCGCUACCAGAGUGAGGUCUUAUUUUCCUGUAGAUUAUCAGACUGUUCCUGAUGGGUGUGGGUAGGAGGCUGUGUGUGAGCAGAACAUAUUUCCAUACAGAAACACGCCUCCUUUCUGCUGAUUGUUCUGAAGGUCUGAUUUUCCUGUCAUGGAUAAUCUUAAGACUGAGUAACCCUGUCAGAUAGCACAUGUGUGUGUGCGCGCACUUGUGUGUGCCCUCAGCUGGACUGUAUGUGACUGAAGAGCGUGUUGUUUUAGUUCCUCUUUUCUCCACUUAGACCGAGACCCUCAUUAACCCUACCUAGCUGUCGGCUCCUCGGCAAGCAGCUAAACUCGCUGCUUCUCUUGCGUAUAGACAAAGGCCUUUCAUCCUUUUGCUAUGGGCAGACUGUGCUCUUAAACUGAGACGUGGCUCUCCACGUCUCUUAGACUCACUUUAGUUCUUUAUCCCAUUGUCUGAAGAUUCUUUGAUGGGUCUGAACGGCAACAGUAAAGAGUAGUGCCCCAAUCCUCCGGGUCCCUGGGGAAGGCAGUUAAAACUGCCUUGCUUUUUUGUUACAUUAAUUACAGGUACUGAUUCUCCACCUAAGUCCCCAGGUUUACAGACUGAUUUGUCGUCCCGGCCAUUGACAACUUCCCAGUGCUGGUAAUGCUCUAUUCACAAAGACGCCGAAUUAGAUACAAACGCCAUUCAUGGACCCAGAAACUCCUUGACUGCUUUGAAAUAUGUGGGGUCUCUUGGCCCAGCCUUGCUAUAAAUACCAAGUGUUAAAUGUCCCCUUAAAAGGCUGGAAUAAAGUGGUCUCUCCUUCCUGUGUAACAGGAGAAUCUGCCCCUGAGGCUCCAUUCUGAUUACUCCUAACAGGACCGAGCCUUCAGCUUCCCUGCGCUCUCCUGUCCAUCCCGUGAGAAUGAUGCAGUUUGUAGUUACCUGAGACUGGCUGAUGCAGACAGGAUUGAACCGGAGCCGCCAUUUCAGAAUGUGUGUCCCUCUUAAUACGAAUACUUUGUGAGUCUUUAAUGGAGAUGCAGGGACAAAUAAGAGGUCAGAGUACUCACAAAACAAAAUGUUCAGCUGGAAGGACAGAGCACACAAGGGCCCCAGCCUGCUUCCUCCUACAUGCUAGUUAGAUAGAAGAAAAUGGAUUUAACAGACACUGCUUACACUUUUGUAGAAUUGCUUUUGUAAAGUUUUUUUUUGUUUUAAUUUUCAUUGUAUAUUUUCAUUGCACAUGGGUCCUGUGGGGGACAUCUUCAUACAACUGAGCUCAGCCCCCCCCCUCUGAUCCCCUUCCUCCCUGCUGUCCACCCAUUAGGCCCCUUUCUUCCUCUGCACAGUUUUGCUUCUGCCUUCAGAUCACAUACACAUCCGUGAUUUUCUGUCUCUGCACAAAGUCUAAGAACUGCAAAUGAGAGAACAGUCUGAUGUCUGUCUUUCCUACCCUGGCUGGAUUUGCUUACUAGGAUUCAUCUCCAAAUCCAUUCAUAAAAUCAUUCUUUAAAAAGCUGUUCCUCUGGCCUGGUUCCUUUUUCCAUGCAGAUUGUAACAAUUUUAAAGAAGCAAAUAAGGCAUCUUAUCAAGGCCAGAGUCACUGGAUGUAGAGAUAUGUAUGUCUACUAAGCAUCCUUGUUCUUUCAGCUUCAGAAACAUCAUGUAGUUUAACUCAAUGUAGAGCUUAAGACGUAAGCGUACUUUAGAGCAAGAGUCCGCUAGCACAGGACACUAGCCAGGAAAUGUACUGUUUCUAUGUGCCCACGUAACAGCCUGCCUGAUUGGUGUGUUUGCUGAGGUGGCGGGAGGGGACGGUGGGUGCUUGAGUCAUAUUUAAUCCCUGCGUCCCUAUAACCAGCAUUGUUUUGUAAAUGCUAUCUUUAUCACUGUUAUUGGAAACGUCGUUUCAGUUUCUGAACUUUUCUCUUGCAGUACUGAGGGUCAAACCCAGGCUCCAUACAUAUUGUGGAUUCUUUUGUUUUCUUUUCGUCCGACUAAAACAACCAACAACACACUAGCCAGACGUAUAGUUUAGUAGGUGGUGGGGUUUGGUGUUUCCUUUCCCCUUCUUCCUGCCUAGUUGACCAAAGCACAACACUGCAGCUCCCUGCCAGGGUGGUGGGUGUCCCCGUAGCUCCCUCUUCUGGUCUGGGAGAAGCACAUGAUAGUUGCAAGGGUUCUCAACCUUUGUACCCCUCUUUCUCCCUUCUGGGGCCGGGCUUUGGUUUUUGCAGUUUUCUUCCUAGCUGUACCCCGGUCCCUUACUGCACCUGCAUUCCCUUUGCUGUUCCCUACUGAGCAGUACCUGUCAUUCUUGCUCAUGCCUCUGUUCUUUGGGGCCUCUUGCUAUCGUUUUAGGAGUUUUAUAAGUGUUUCUAUCUGUCCAGCAUGUUUUAUAUAGUGUUCCUGUAAGUGCUGCUGGAAAAGUGCAGUGUGUAGGGAACAUGGCAGUGUUUAACAGGAGUGUGAACACGGAAGCUUUGUCUGAACCGUCUGCAUAUUCUUUUCCAGCCCGAGAGCAGAGAAUCCCUGCUACCUGUCCCUUCCUACUUGAUUCCUUUUAGCCUAGAGAUGGGGAAGGGGAAAUGCAAAGUCAGGGAUAAUUCUAAAUCAGUGAAUUAACUGUGGGUGGUGGAAGUGAUGUCGGAGAACCAGUUUGAGUGAACCUGAGCAGGUGAGACACGUGCGCUCGGAGAAACCACAUUGUAAAGAUCUGAAACUAAGGUCCUCUCUGUGCCUAGAAGUAGAUAGAAUUAGGAGGAGUUCUGCUCCUGCUAGAUAAACAAAGCGUUUUGGUCUCAGUUGGCUUUCUGCUGAAGUUGUUGACCAAAUCUUGUCUGUGGCAGUUCAUGCUAACACUGAGAGAACUGCCAGUGUAGACGAAAUGUGCUCAUUUUCCCUAUUGGUUGGUAUAGUGCUUGGAAAUAAGUACGAACAAUAUUUGAGUACAUAUUCAAGUCUUGGAAUAUAUCUGCUAUGACCAGAGCUGGGGUGGGAGAUCGAUGCCUCUCAACUUUAUAGUGUAUUCUCUCUUUCUAGAAGUUUCCUCCCUGUAGACAUUCUAGGAAUGGAAGGGGCUGGGGAGCAUGCAUAAUUCAUUUCUGAACUGCCAGCGCCUGGCAUAGUGUCUGACAUGUGUUACAUGAGGAAAUGAAUGCUUUCCAAGGCCUCCUCCUCACUCUUCAUAACGGUUCCUCACAACUGUUCCCAGUUCUCAUUAGCUGGCUAGUAAGAAAGCCAAGGAAAGGGACAUACCCCCGUGACUCCAGCCAUGAGAAGGAAUGGGGGCUGUUACUGGAGAUGGGUGUAGAGUGCUACCCUGCUUUCGGCUGCCUUGAUGCCGGGUGGUAGGAGGGAUGAGACUGGUGUGUGCAUUACCAUGGAGAAUUGAUGCUCAGGAAGACGCUCACUAGGAGCUCGUUACAGACUCCUAAGGGUUUUGAAGUGGCUUCCUGGUGACCGCCACACUCCCAUCUCACAGCCACUGAAGUCUGUUGCUGCCUGCUGCCUGGAGAGCUGUGUAUAUUUGUCUACACUGAGUAUUACAGGCAUUUGCCUGGAGCUUUGCCUGCAGAAUCACCAGCAAGAGGCAAGCAGUAAAAGAGCCAGAGACAGAAAAGGCCUGGUCUGCACUUGAACACAUGACGCCUUUGACAGAUUGAGUUAAUUUAUAUCUUUUCUGGUGGAAGGUAGACUCCUCAAGCAAAGUAGGAGGCGGCCUUGUUUCCCAGCCACACAGAAAGCCUUUGUGCUUCCUCACGAUGACGAGCAUUUCUGUGCUGUUUGCCUUCUUUCCAGAGAAUAGCCUCAGCCUCCCCAAAAAGGGUGAUUUGAAAAGUAACAAAUUAUGGAAGUGAGGAUCUCAUUCAUUUAGCCUCCGAGCACUUCGUUGAGUGUUUCAUUUUAAGAACAAAGACCUGAAAAGGAGGGAGCCCGUAGCAACCAUGUGUGUAGAACAACCAGAAGACAUCAGUGAGCAUUCAGACUCAGAGCUGUGUCAAUAUCAGACAUCACUCCCAGCCUUAUGAGAUAUUCGAGCAGUUAAGGGGGAAAGGAAGGUUCUUUGAAUAAAAUGCUUUGCCGCACUGAAUGUGUCUGUUUACCGUCGUUUCCUAUAAAGAGCCAUUUGUCACCUCUGAAAAAACUCAUCAGACAUCUGGUUUUUAUCUUGGAUUUGCAAUCAUUGUUUCUUAAUAAAAGUGAUAAAUCCCUGCAGGUGCAUCCAAUCACCAUUGCCUUCAGGGGCUUGUGUGUGGUUCAAGAGCGCUCCGUUCUUUUCUUGCGUGUGGUGGGACGUUCCACUGUGGGCCAUUGUCAGCAGCUGAUGUCGUACAGCUGGACCAGGAAGAGGCCCCUUCCUAGGGUACUGCCUGAUUCCGCUUCGCAAGUUUAAAGUAGAUUGGCCAACCUUUGGGAUCCUAGAAGAUUGUGGUAGCGUCUGCGGCCAAUUUCUCCAAAAUGUUGAUUUUUAUAAUUCUGUGUGACCAGCCCCCUUUCUCCAUAAACUGCAUGACUUUUACAUAAGUCUUUUACACAGAAGUCACACAUGCGCCAGGUGGCUUGCCAUUCUGUCUGUUGGUAGUCAGGCUCUGCAGUAGCAUGCGAGUGCAAACAAAAAUGCAAGAUGCUGCUAGAAACGGAGCGUGAAGGAUCCCUCCUCUUCACAGCUGUCAUGGGUCUCUGUCAGGCAGAAGCAGAGGAGGGGUUGUAAGUAGUCCCCAGCCUACAGUUUUGAACUGGAAUGACCCCGGAGUCCCCGCAUGCUAAAGUCACACAGGCAUAAAGCAUGUUGAACUCUAUAGAAUGUUCUGAUCUGCAGGCCUGAGAAGAGGCAGCUCUCGAGAUGGUAGGUUAUGGUUUGGUUCAGCCCUUAAGUAACCCGUGUGUUUUCAUGAGCCGAGUGCUCUUUUACAUGGUGCCCUGUGGUUCUGAUACCAGCAGCAAAACAGUUGUUCACCUGCACAGAUCUCUACCCCAGAUGCCAAGUCACCAGCGCUUGGGAAGAUGUCACAGAGACCAGCUUUCUAGGUCCCCCUUCUUACACGAUCAUUCAAGCACCUAUCAAAAAGAGUGCAUAUCACUGAAUUUUCUGUUCAUGUCAUAAAGUCUCUUUCCCAGGAAAAACAAACAUGUGGCUGUGCAGGAUUUGUCAACAGCCAAAGCUUUUAGCGAUAUUCUUUAUCUGCAAAUUAAUGUAGUCAUCUCGUCAUUAAAAUGAAGCUAUUUUAGGUGUGAUUGUUUCCUAAUCAGCACUAGCAUAUGGCUUUGUUACCACACACGACUGUGAAGCACACACGCGCUCGGAAGUCAAGUGAGCUCAUAAUGAUAAUCGCUGGAAUUUAUCAUGGUGAAUGAAGUGGAUUGCACAAACACACAUCCGUGUGGGGUUGCCAGAAUCUCUAACAUUGGAUUUUGAUAGUUAUAUAAUGCAACCCCCAUGGGAAACCAGCAGUGUAAGGGAAAUUAGUUUUGUUUGACACACCAGGAACCUGAGGUGCCCAAGAACACCUAACUUACCUCAACUGUCCCUGUGUUAGAGCUGGGUUUUGAGCUGUUAGACUCCAGAAGCUGGGCUUUCUGUACUCUGCCACCUCUAAAGUCCCAGAAAUGAGAGAUCCCUGUCUGCCUCUACUCGCUGGUAUAAAUCUCCAUGUGCUAAAUGCCGGCAAUGCACCUCAACUCUUCCCAGAGGAUUGGCUUUGCUGCUCCCAGAGCUCAU